GUUUAUCUCAAAUCUUGCAGAAAGCGACACUUAUUUCAGGGAGUUGUGUCCUCCCGUUAACCACUAUUUCUUCUCCUUCAAAACAAGAGGUUGCGGAGCUUUUCCCAUCUGUAAAAUUCGACAAUGGCUCAUAGUUCAGAGCUACAAAGCAAUGGAAUGCUAUCAAGAGAACAGUUGCUUUUUCUCUUUGAUCGCUUCUCUCAACUCACUUCUCAGCCUGAUGUGAAGAGAAGAAUUAAAGAUGCCGUGGAUGAUAAACAGGAAGCUGUUGCUGUUACCACUGCAAUCCAGGAAGCCAUAUUUUUGGAGAUGGGGGUUGAUCCAAGUUUUGGUAUUUCAUGCCUGGGGAAAGUGAAUAUGGUUUAUGAGAAUGAUCAGGAUUUGAUGAUUCGCUUCUAUAAAUUUGUUGCAAGUGACAGUGAAGAGAUGGCAUGUGAUGAGGCUGAGCUUGGACCAGAAGAGUUUACUGAAAAAAUGCUCAAUCAACAAAAAUUACACGAACAGCAACUGGAGAUGCUAAAGUACAUGCGCAAAUUUCACCUGGAAGACCAAUCUGCAAUCCUUGAAAAGUUGCACCAGCAGAUGCAAGAUGCCGAUUUUAUUGGUGCGGCAUCAGUUUUAUCAUCAGAACAAAUUCAGGAUGUUGUUCGAAGGAGGGUGUGACCUUUAUUUAUACCAAGGUAGAUCAGAAUUCAUUCAUCAGUUGGCCUAGUUCCAGUUUAGCAGAGUUCUUUCAGUUUUUACUUUAUGCGAGCCGUUUUUUGUUGUAGCAAAUGCUUCUAUAUACAAUAGAACUUCUUUUCUCUGUGUUUAUCUAA